AUGGACACAGGAGUCAUCGGCCCAGUUACCGAUAUGGAAGACUUCAAAGCUGAAUUUGGCGGUAGUCAAAACUCAACAAUCCACGGCCUGGUCGUCUCCUGUAUCUUGAUUCCAGCAGCCCUCUCUUCCUUCUUUGCUGGCUAUAUUGCCGACCGACUAGGUCGACCAAAGGGAAUCAGUAUCGGUGUUUUCAUCUUCGGUAUUGGUGCCGCGAUUGAAGCAGGCGCCGUGCAGCUGUCAAUGUUUGUCGUUGGUCGUGUUGUUGAAGGUCUGGGGGAGGGUCUUUUUCUUGGGAAUCUUGUUGUUCUUAUUUGUGAGAUUUCACCGACUCGCACUAGAGGUGCUUUGACUACUGGUCCUCAGCUGGCUAUAACGAUGGGAUUGGUUGUUGGUUACUUUGUUUGUUAUGGGACUUCGAAUAUUCAGUCUUCGCUUUCGUGGCGGAUGCCAUUUAUUCUUCUUUCUGCGUUUUCUAUGGUUCUUUGUGGUCUUUCCUUGCUUUUCUUGCCUGAGUCGCCGCAGUGGCUUGGUCUUCAGGGUCGCUAUGCUAUGGCUGAAGAGGCUUGGGAUAAGUUGGGUGUCAAUUGUGCGGACCGUGAGAAGGUUGAAGUUCAAGUGCAGACAACGGAGGUUGAACCUGGUACUGAGGUGGAUGGCCAAAGCACCAUGGAGAAACUUAUGGAUAUCUUCUCCAAGGAUGUGAGAGGCAGAACUGCCCUUGCUGUCUUCUUGAUGGGCAUGCAACAGAUGAGUGGUAUCGAUGGAGUCCUUUACUAUGCCCCUGAACUCUUUCAAAAGGCAGGCCUCGCUUCAUCAGAAGCAAGCUUCUUAGCCUCUGGUGUCUCAGCCCUGGUCAUCUUCGCCGUAACCAUCCCAGGACUGAUCUACGCCGAUGGAUGGGGCCGCCGAAGCAGCAUCGUCUACGGCGGUAUCGGCCAAGCCGUUCUAAUGUUCCUUAUGGGUGGCUUGUAUGCUGGAAAUGCCGUCCACCAAUCCACCGGCGCCGGUCGCUGGGUUGUGAUCGUCUGUAUUUUCCUAUUUGCCGCCCUUUACUCUGUUUCUUGGGGCAUCGCCGUCAAAGUCUACGCGGCAGAGAUCCAGCCCCAGCGAACACGAGCAUCAGCUACGACACUGGGUCAUUCUAGUAACUGGCUGUGCAAUUUCUUGGUUGCUUUGACCACCCCGAUUCUACUCGCGAAGAGUAGUUUUGGUGCCUACUUUUUGUGGGGUGGGUGUAGUAUUAUUACUGCAGUUGUUGGCAUAUUCUAUAUGCAUGAGACCAAAGGUCGGACAUUUGCUGAGAUUGAAGCAGCUUUCAAAAGAAAGUCGCCUGGAGAGAAGAGUUCAUUCUGGGGUGGUAAGGGCAAAGUUUGA